AUGGGUCUUCCAGAGCAUUUUGGCCGUCGCAAUAAGGAUCUCCUUUCAUCCAUUGUGGAUAAGAUCCAGCAAUGGGCCCUCUCCUGGUCUUCCAGACAAUUGUCUACUGCAGGGAAGCUAACGCUCCUCCAAUCAGUCCUCUCGGCAAUCCCAACUUUCCCUAUGACCUGCUUCCAAUUGCCAGUCAGCUUAUGCAAAAAGAUACAAUACGUUUUGACUCGAUUCUGGUGGGAUUCAAUGGAUGGAAAAAAAAUGUGUUGGGUGUCUUGGGAAAAGCUAACUAAGCCAAAAAGUGCAGGAGGAUUGGGGUUUAAAGACAUCCAACGUUUCAACACUACUCUACUAGCUAAGAUACCAUGGAUAAUGUUAACUAACCCCGAUUGUUUGUUGGCGAGAGUCAUGCUAGGAAAGUAUUGCCAAAAUGAUAAUAUCCUCCGCGUGAAACCCUCAACAUCGAUAUCUCACGGUUGGAGAGGAAUUCUAGCAGGAAGAGACUUGCUUGUUGAACACUUGGGGAAGUUAAUUGGAGAUGGAACGACCAUAAAGGUGUGGGGGUGA